CUUCAACUCGGUUGGACCGCUCACUUCAGCUUACCCAGAAGCUGAAAAAACAAAUUUUCUCUCUAAAAAACACCGUAUAUCUCUUUCAUAUAUGAAAAACUUAUCUAAAACUUCGAAAUUUCUCGAUAGUACCCUUUACAUUUUGAAUAAUUUAAUCAACGACCCCCUGCGUCACAUAUUAAUCUGUUUCUCCACCAAAAAUAUAUCUUACAAGUAGUGUUGCCAGUAUUGUUAACUUUAAAAGCUAACAUUACCCCGUUUGUUGUUUAAAUUUAGUAUAAUUGUAAAUAUAAAUUGUUGAGAAGCGGUUUUUAAGAAUAGUAUAGAAGUUAUGUCCAAGUUAACACUGGACGGCUUUUUUUCGUACUGCAAGCAAAUUGCCGAACAUAUCCAGUUGGGCGAGAGAAUGGCGGCUUUAUCCGGUCAAGGCACACCUAAGCUGACAUCUGCUGUCGGCAACCUGUACUACGAUUCCAUCCUCCCGUACCGUGAGGACGCAAACACCCAGACGCGGGAAUUCCUGGCACGCGUUGUUGAUGUACUUCUGGAUUUCGUGCAGCAGGUCAACGACCGCAAUGAAAAGAUCUUAGAGUUCAGAAUGCCGGAGGAGAUGAUGAAGAUGCUGGACUUGCAGCUGCAUGAUGAACCACUGCCCUUACGGCAGCUGUUGGAGGACUGCAAGAUUACGCUCAAGAACCAGGUCAAAACCGGGCACCCUCAUUUCUUCAAUCAGCUGUCCUGCGGUCUGGACAUCAUCUCUUUGGCAGGAGAAUGGCUGACAGCUGCUGCCAACACCAACAUGUUCACUUACGAGAUAGCACCAGUCUUCAUACUCAUGGAGAACGUGGUCUUGGAGAAGAUGAGGAGCAUGAUCGGCUGGAAGAGUGGGGAUUCAAUCCUAGCACCAGGUGGCUCGGUGUCCAACCUGUACGCAUUCUUGGCAGCUCGGCACCACAAGUUCCCCCAGUACAAGGAGAAGGGGCUGACCAGCAUCCCUGGACACCUGGUCAUGUUCACUUCAGACCAGUGUCACUACUCGGUGAAGUCUUGCGCCUCCGUCUGCGGCCUCGGCACGGACUACUGCGUCGCCGUGCCGAGCGACGAGCGCGGGAAAUUGAUACCUUCCGAACUGGAGCGACUCGUGCGGUACCAUAAGGACAGGGGCAAUGUGCCAUUCUUCGUGAAUGCAACUUCAGGAACCACCGUACUGGGAGCCUUCGAUCCAUUGGUCGAGAUCGCUGAUAUCUGCCAAAAAUACGAUAUGUGGAUGCAUGUUGACGCGGCAUGGGGUGGCGGUUUGCUGUUCUCCAAGAAGUACAGACACCCUCGUCUCACCGGCAUCGAGAGGGCUGACUCUGUGACUUGGAACCCACACAAGCUGAUGGGCACCUUGCUUCAAUGCUCAACAGUUCAUUUCAAAUAUGAGGGCAUUCUGCUCAGCUGCAACGCGAUGUCUGCGGAGUAUUUGUUCAUGACCGACAAGAUAUACGACCCUCGCUACGACACCGGGGACAAGGUCAUUCAGUGCGGGCGACACAACGACAUUUUCAAGCUGUGGCUGCAGUGGCGCGGGAAGGGCACAUCCGGCUUCGAACGCCUGAUGGACCGUCUGAUGGAGCUUUCGGAGUAUAUGGUGCGCCGCAUCCGCGAGCAGCCGGACCGGUUCUACCUGAUCCUGGAGCCGGAGCUGGUGAACGUCAGCUUCUGGUACCUGCCGCGACAGCUGAGGGGCGUGCCGCAUGACAAACACAAGGAGAUCAAGCUGGGGAAGGUUUGCGCCAAGUUGAAAGGUAAAAUGAUGCAAGCCGGCACUAUAAUGGUCGGGUACCAGCCAGACGAUCGACGACCCAACUUCUUCCGCAACAUCAUUUCUUCUGCUGCCGUCACUGAAAAAGAUGUGGACUUCCUUCUAGCGGAGAUGGACCGUCUGGGUCAAGACAUUGUGGUCGACUAAACUUGCCAAUUUUAAUGACGCCCCCAUCACUAGUCGGGAGGAAUAUGGCGCGAAAGAUUUUAAUAAUAAGGUUUUUUUUUUACUAGAGAUCGCCCUAUUGGCCAGAAUUCAACCUUUUUAAACGACUGCCAAAAGAAGGUGUUAUGUUUUCAAUUUAUGCCUUUUUUGUAUUUCUUUCAGAGAGUCAUGCGUGUUUGUCAAACGCCGUUUGUGCGAUGUUUAUUUUAUUAAUU